GUUAACCUCAACGUCAUUACAUCUCACUCUUGUUAGUGUUAGUUGUUAGUUUCUUUGUAGCGCGGAAGAUUCUGUACGACUGAAUACUGAGAGUCACAGUUUCUCCCCAUUAUAUUUGACGAAAAGCAUAUGUAAGAUAGCAAUGUCGUAUCCAUGUGUUUAAUAUCGAUGUAUUGACAAUUAAUACUUAAAUACGAUAAUUAUUUAACUUUUUAAUGGUGUUAUAGGUAGGCACCAUAAUAUUCGUAUACCUACAAAUUGUUUUCCAACAUUGUUGUACCGCUGGAUGAACAACUCGAAACGUCAUAAGUAAUUCUUCAGACAACCGUGUUCACUACCAUUUUGUGACUUCACAUCAUAAUUUGUAUUUUCACCAGGUCAUUGGAACUAAUGUUGAUAGUUGACCGCGUGCAAAAUAUUCUAUAAUAUAAUAAUUUAAUUCAUUGACAAUAGUCUACAACAAUCAACUGAAAAACAAUGUUUUCCCUGAGCUUAUUCAAUGAUAUACUUCGACCAUUCAACACGAUGUACAGAUGCUGGUCAGUGUCAAUGCUUCCUGGAAGCGAACGUGAAGAUGUUGAACGUGGAGGAAAAAUUAUAAUGCCCCCGUCUGCGCUGGAUGUAUUGACCCGGUUAAAUAUCAACUACCCAAUGUUGUUCAAGCUAACUAACAGAAAAUCCAACAGACAAACACACUGUGGUGUAUUGGAGUUCAUCGCAGAGGACGAAAAAAUAUAUAUUCCUUAUUGGAUGAUGAAAAACCUAUUGCUUGAUGAAGGAGAUGUGGUGCAAGUUGAAAGUGUUUCAUUAGAAGUAGCCACCUUUUCAAAGUUCCAACCUCAAAAUUCUGAAUUCCUAGAUAUAACUAACCCAAAGGCUGUUUUAGAAAAUUGCUUGCGCAAUUUUGCUUGUCUGACUACUGGUGAUGUAAUAGCAAUAAAGUACAACCAAAAAGUUUAUGAAAUGUGUGUGUUAGAAACAAAACCGGGUAACGCUGUUAGUAUCAUUGAAUGUGAUAUGAAUGUUGAGUUUGCCGCACCAGUUGGUUAUCAGGAACCUACACAUGAAAAGAAACCUGCUGCGGAAGAUAUGAUGGUUGAUCCUGCUGAUUUAAUGCCAGAACCAACAGGUUUCAUAGCGUUCAAAGGGUCGGGCAAUCGAUUAGACGGAAAAAAAAAGAAAGACAACUCUGACGAUCAAUCAAAUAAAGUUAAACCAGUAUACCAGAGAGGUAUUCCAGAUUAUGAUUAUAACAUAGGAACUAUACAGUUCAUAAGGAACAUCCGCCCUGUGAAUAAUGACAAAGAGGAUGGAAAUCAAGAAGGAUUUAAGCCAUUUGCAGGAUCUGGAUCAGUACUAAAGACAAAAAAAAAAAAAUAAUAACUUAAUAACUGUUUUUCGAAGCAUGUACAAAUUUGUUAAUAUAACAUAAAUUAAAUUUUAAAAUGUGUAUACAUUUUUAAGAAAAUUCUACUUUUAAUUGUAAAAUGGUUUUAACGCGGCUUCAAUUUUUUAAUUAAAAAAUAAGUAUUUAUACAGUUAUUAUAAAUUCAAGUAUUGACAUAUGCUUAUUGUAAAUAUAAUUCUCACAAUACAAUUAGAAAUGUUAAAGAAGUCGUAAAAUUUUACAAUACAGUGAAAAUUGUCUAAUGCGGAAUAGCAUGGGACCAACAAAAAUUUCACUUUAAGCAGUUUUUCGUUUUAUUGAAUAAAACAGAAUAAUUCCUGAUUAUAAAUUCGUAUAAAUUUCUCAUAUUUCAAAAGUAGUUUAUAACAUUUAUAAUUUUUACUAAUUAUAAACUUAAUUUUUUACUUUACUUUUUAUAACUUAUUCUAGAUUAUUUAUAGACCUAUUUUAUUACAAAAUUAUUAAUAAUUUUUACAUAUUACAUAAAUAUGAAGGUUGGGAACUAAAUUUAAACAUUUAGCUUUUCUAAAAAUCAUGUAGAGUUUUUUGUUUUAUCACUAUAUGACUCAUCAUAUACCUACAUACUCAUAUCAACGUAACUUGAGGCGUGUCAUAUUUCCAGCUUAUGCAAGGUUUUUACUUGCAUGGGACCUACAAAAUUAUUCCGUUUCCACUUUUAUUGAGAUUCAACAUCUGUAGAAAACUAUAGGAACAUGCCGGGAUCAUAGAAAAAUGUAUUGGAUAGUUUUCAGUUUUAUUCAGGGUCUGCAUGAGACAGUUUUCACUGUAGUAUUAUUUUCUAUAUUUCUAAUGAUUUAUUGUUUUUUUUUCACUUAUGUAUGUUAUCAGCGAUUUAUACAUUAUAGGCGAUAAAAUAACUAGAUUGAGACAAUUAUUUCAUUAAAAAUUACAUUCUGUACCGAAGCAAUAAAUAAUAAACCACUUAUUUCUAAUAACCAGUCUUCCAUCUACUCAAAUUGCAGAAGAACAACUAAAUAAAUAAUUAAUAUUCAAUCUCACAUUUUACAUGAUCUAUAAAAUCU